GGAUUGCCAACUCACAAGAAUACGUGUCAUAUGUUUCUGAGUUGACGUGUGGGUGGCAUUGUGGUAGAUAUUCAAACCGACUAGAUAAAUCUUCAUAUCUAUACAUCUGUGGUUGGAAAAUAUCUAGAUUCCCAUCUAAUUGAGAAGUUUUUGUUAUAAAAAGAGAGUUACCGCUUUCAUCUUUCGUCAAUAUGAAGUUUUUCCUGGUCUUCAAAGCUCUCAUCUGGAUUUACCUCAUAUCAUUUUCAUCUGCUGAAGAAGAAAAAGAGAUAUCUAUUGAGGAAACGGUGCAAACAGACACUGUAACUGGAAGAAAUAAAGUUUUUGAAGGUUCUACGGAAGGCAUGGUUGUAACUGCGUUCCUGAUAAAACCAGAUUUUCACAUGUUCAAUCAAGAAGUUGAUAAUCCUGAAUUCAAAGAGAAAGCAGCGUGCUUUCAACUGGAGGAAGAGGUUGCUAAUUCCCUAAAACUGAAACCUGUUAAAUUCAUGAGUUACACAACAACCUCGGAAGGAAUCUCAAAGGCUGGAGAUUUUUCUCUUUUGUAUACUAAGAUAUUCUCAUGCCUGACAAAUAGUUUGUACGCAUUUCUCCAUGUGGAGAGAGCGUUCGAAGUAUUGAGUCCAGUCAAAGAGAUUCAUUAUGAUCCCAAUGUACUGAGCAUUGCGAGAAAGAAUAAAUGGAGUUUUACUCGCAAAUUGUUUUGCGUCACAAGUGAGAAAAAACUUUAUGUGACAGAAAAAUCUUUCAGGGGACAAACGGACAUCAAUAAAGUCAUAAGAUUGGAGGAUGGAGUUAAAGUAACAUUCUAUGAUAAAGAAUACAUGGAAAAGAAUAAUUUCUGGCCUCAACCCAGCAAUUAAACGCAUCAUUUUGAAUCGAUUGAUAGUACUAUUCCAACUAAAUGGACUUCAAGAAGAUUCAAUGCACGAAAAAAUAAUUAUUAUUAUCGUAAACAUAUUAGAAAAUAGAAAUUAUCAAAUGUGUUAUGUUAAUGAAAGUUGAAUAAUUUUUUUAACUAGUUUUUCAACUAGUUUCAAAAAUCUAGAAUGAUAGUUUCAAUUAGAGGAAUUAGAAGUAGUUUAGAUAUUGUUUUAAAUAACAGAUUUAAUCUGUCUAUAAUAUAAUACAGGGAAGAAUUAGCUUAUACACGUACGGGAUAGUAAAUUCACAAAUGACGCAUAAUCACGUCUCAACUACUCAACUGAUUAACAUGUUAUUUUGCAUAUUAAUUCUUAAAUUACUGAGGAUGGUUAUAGGUUUUUUUUUUUAAUUUUUAAAGAUUUCAGUAGGACAAAUAGUCAGUCUUAUUAAACCCUUGCGAAGCACGGGUUACCUGCUAGUAUUCAAUAAAAAUACAUAAAUUUUUAGUCCGAAAAUACCAUGUUGACCAUAUACAUGGUGUUAUAGCUACUACAAUAUCUGAAAGAAAAAUGGGACCAUAAUCUAAAAUGGGACCAUAAUCAUCCUCGGUAAAUUUAAGGCCGGUUUCCGAGCUUGGGAUUUGGCUAAGUUCUACACUUUAAACAGCUGAAGUCAGAAAAUAAUAAUUGGCUUUCCGAAACGGGGCGUAGUCGUAGUCAGUGGCCCAUAUGAAUAAAACCAGAGCAAAUGCUCAUGAGCAAGAGCAUGGAGCAUAAGGUUUUGCUCAUGAGCAAAAGGUAGAAGCAAAAGCAUUUGCUCAUUUUUAUAUGAAUAAGCUUUACCUUAUACUCUUACCUUAUGCUCCUGAACUCUGGAGCAAAUGCUCACGUAUUUUAAAGAUUUUUCAUCAGCUGAUUCGCUUGUGUAGCCUUAGUUUGUUUUUAUAGCUCACGGAAGCGCUAAAUAUGCAAGUAGGGGGCACCGCUUGUGUUUGCGUCGUCUGCUCUGUUUUCUAUUUAUGAAUAGAGUUUUAGGUUAGUUGAGUUUGGAAUUUUGAAAUAAUAGCGUGAAAAAAUGUCAUCUCUAUAAUAAUUUUCAGCAUAUUCUUAUAAUAUCAAUAGCCAGCCUUCUUAUAAUCGUCUACACUCUCAUCUUCUUAAAUGUCUUUUGUAUUUAUUCUAUUGUAGGGACAAUGGUGAUAUUAUAUCAUGGUUGAAGAUAGAAAGAGUCUUAUAGUUCUCAACUAUUGGUUGUGAUUGUAUCUGGUAUAGUUUCCUCAUCCUCAUACGAAUUAGUUGAGCCAUUCUACUAUGAGCAAAAGGUGAUAAGCUGCUCUAGACUAGACUCACCUUUUUUGAAGCAUUUGCUUCAAAAGUUGAGCAAAUGCUCUAGUUUAUUCAUACAGUUUUGAGUAUAAGCUUUUACUCUUGAGCAAAUGCUCAAACUAUUUUCUUGAUGAGCAUGAGCAAAAAGUUUUGCUCACGUUUAUUCAUAGAAAAUGAAGCAAAUGCUCCAUAUUUUAGAAGUAUAAGCAAAUGCUCAACUUUAUUCAUAUGGCCCAUUGUCAUAGUCACGUUUGAAUUAAACUAGUCAUUAAGUUUCUCGAAAAACUAGAAAAUCUAAGUCUAAAAAACUGAAUUAAAACUAAGUCUGAGUCUAAAAACCAAGUCUAAAAACUAAGUAUCAAAACUGAAAAACUCAGUCUUCGAAAAACUAGAAAAUUGAGCACAAAAAAAGAAAAUAGUGUAAAGUUCCAGCUGUUUUGAAUUAUUUAGGAAUGUUUAAUUUCGUCAAGGAUAAACGUUUCCAAUAUCAUAGAAAUGAGAAAAUAAGAACUGCGACUACGCCCCGUUUUGGAAAGCCAAUUUUCUGGCUCCAGCUGUUUAAAGUCUAGAACUUAGCUAAAUCCCGAGCUCGGAAACCGGCCCUGAGAAUCUAUUUAUGCAGGAUUCCAUGUUAAUCAGUUGAGUAGUUGAGACGUGAUGAUGCGUCAUUCGUGAAUUUCCUAUUCCGUACGUGUAUAAGCCGAUUCUUUCCUCUAUUAUAAUUAUCAGAGAUUAUCUGAAUUUGAAGUUUGUUCUCUGUUUUUCUGAAGUUUUAUCAUCAACCUAUGUAGAUUUUAAAUUCUUUGUUUUAUUUUAAGAUUAAUGGUUUUGUGUGAGAAUCAAUAACGGCAUAACCUAUGUAAUAUCUUGGGGAAUAGGCCUAUAAUGUUUUUCUGGAUACUGUAUUGUUUGUUAUAUCCAAUAAAUGAAUAAA